AUGGAUGGAAAGGUGGUCACGGACAUUUUCAGGAGGUUCGACAAGAACCGCGAUGGCAUCAUUACGGCAGAGGAGCUUCUGUCCGUGCUGUCCAAGCUUACGCUGGAUAAAAAGGACAUGACACAGCUGUUGAAGCACAUCGAUACAAAUGGUGAUGGAAAGAUCCAGUACGAAGAAUUCGUAAACUGGAUUGUCAAAGCUGGGUCGGGCGAUGGCCAAGACCAGGAGCGAUCCAGUGUCCUCGAAGCCCAUGUUCAAGCCGCCCAUCAUAAGCUGCAGCGCGUGCGCGACAGUCAGACAGGAGCCAAGCGUGCCGAGGUCUUUGUGAACCAACUGACUUCAGAGAAGGGGAGGGCUAGCUUAGCAGAGCUCGCUGACAAGCCGCCAAAAGGCGCUCUGGCAGUGUGCGCAGCGGCCCACAACCUUCUUUGGAAGAGUAGCAAGAAGAUCGACUGGCACACUGCGAAGGCGAUGCUCGUGGACUUGGAUCAAUUCCUGGAAAGGCUGCAAACCUUCGAGCCAGCAGAGAUCCCCGACUACGUGGUCCAGUCCUACCAGCAAACUCUGGAGCUGCCCUACUUCGAAUUCAACCGCAUGGUGGACAGCAACUACGCCUGCGCAUGUUUGGCAUCUUGGGUCCUCGCCAGCACCUGCAGCGCCCCUCGCCAGACUUUGCUUGGUCAGGUGGUGUGGGGGUCUGGGUGUGUGUGUGUGAUGGAAUAUAUAGGACCUUGA